AUGGUGAUUUACGAGACAGCAUUCGACGAGUUAUCAGAUUGGUUGAUUGCAAUUUUGUACAAUUGUUUCGAUGAAAGCUAUUCAAGAGAAAUACAUACAUUUGCUGAAUUCUCGAAACAAACAUAUAACACCGUCAAUCGUACGCUCUAUAAUUACAAGGAUGAAAAACCAGUAAGAAAUUUGUACGUUUAUGUGGAAGUUCGUAUUAGAUUGAAUGAAGAUUUCUGCAUGGCCGGUAAGAAAAAUGUUUAUGGCAUAGUAUGCGAACAGUCCAGUUUAGAAAAUCGUUUUGACAAUCUAUUACAUUUUGAAACAUCGUCGGAUAAAGAAGGAACUUAUGUGUCUUUCAACGGUCUAUCGGCGUAUAUUAAGUUAUCUGUAUCAAAAGCAAAAGACGUUCCGUAUUCUGUUUUGGAAAAUAUUCCAUCUGCCAUAAUAUCUACGGAUAACCGAGAUUCAGAAUGUUUAUUCAGUGCCAUUCGUAUAAUGCGGAAGUUUAUCUCAAUUGAUCAUCGUGCUUUGAAAACAUUAGGUGAUAAAACGGAAAAAUUAGUGUCAUUUAUUUGCGAUGAUUUUUGGACUUGUGCGCCGUUGUUAUUGAGAAAUUUUAUUGGAUUAGUUACUUUGAAUGACGACGACUUUCAAAAAAUACAACGUCACUUUGAUUUUUAUAACAUAUUUAUGCAAGACAUGUUUGAAAAAUCCUCAAAUUGGUUAAAGAUUUGUUCGAUAACGUACGAUGUUCUCAAUUGUAAGAAUGAUCAAUUUAUAUCUCCUACACAUUCCAUGCUAGCUAAUGAAUUAUUACAACAUGAAGAUCGGCUGAUCUGGUGUCAAUCUUUAAUAGAUAUGGCCACACAUGCUCGUAUCAAACCAUGGUUAAACUACAUUAGGAAAAAAAAGCCAAAAUUGUUAUACCAAUCGACGAAAGCAGUACUACAAAAAUAUUUACAAGAAAAAUUUAGUAUGGCAUUUUUGGAAUCGCCUAACUGGGCGUUACAUCCACAUGAGUCAGCGUUAAUUAUUGAUGGUGGAUUACUAUUGCAACAGUUACCAGCUCGGGUUCCGAAAAAAACUGUUGCUGAUUAUGGAGCAGUACUACUCGAAUGGUUCAUCAAAGAUCAAUUCAAGAAACGUGAUGGAAUCGAUAUUAUUUUCGACUCGUCUGAUAGUAAACGAUUGAAACAAUUUAUAGAGCGUCAUGGUAGUACA